GGAGGCGGCGGGCCACCCUUCGCACUUCUCAAUUGUCCGCGCUGCAGAGAUCACUCUUCGGCUGCGAGAAGCCGUGUUUGCCAAUUGCCGGCGUCGCAUAAAGGCUCCGAGAGCGAGUGAUCAACCAUCAUCGGCAGCCACGGCGCCGCCCACAAUGUUGGCGUCCUGUAUGUACAGCACAGCACAGCAUGUUACAACUCACAACGCGGCGGCAUGAACGGGUUACAGCGUGCAGGGGACAGCUCGUUUGCAAUGAUGUUGUGGGUGCAUCUAAUGGGGCCACCGUCAUUGGGUGUGCCGUCUAUUCUCUGUUGUGCUCGGAGCGUAGCAUCCGCCCAUAUAUAAUGAGAUGAUGACUCCUAUCCCUGACAACAUGAGACGGCAACACAAAAUCAAUCAAUUUCGUCCUUCAUCUACCAUAAAAAGUAAACAUCGAUCAUAGUAUUUUCGUCCACCACAUUACCAUGGACUUUCUUGAAGCUCCCCAUACGCAGGUACUUGCUGUUGCGGCUGCGUUGGUCACUGGUGUAACUGUCUAUAAUACCCUAUCUACGUCUACGGCCAAGGUUCCAGGACCGUGGUAUACCAAAUGGACUGGUCUUGUGAAACACUAUCACACUCUCCACGCUAAUAAGCCAAAAUGGGUUCACAGUCUCCAUCAGCAGUACGGCCCUGUGGUUCGCCUCAGCCCCAAUGAGGUUUCUAUCAGUGAUCCCAAGGAUCUUAAAGUUGUCUACAACGUUAAGGAAUCAUUCAUCAAGUCUCAGUUUUACGAGGCCUUUGCUGGACCUCAUCUGAAUGAACCCAGUGUCUUCAGUACCAGGAACCGUGAAAGCCAUCGCAACCAAAGACGCCUUCUCGCAGGUGCUAUGAGCGAGUCAAGCUUGAAGCUCCUCUACGACGAUAUCUUCUCCUUGGCUGGCACUGCGAUUGCACGAAUGAGUGAGGAACUCUCAACCCGCGGUGUCAUUGACGUCGCCAAGUGGUGGCUGUUCUAUACUACUGAUACCAUUGGCACGCUCACUUUUGGAAGCUCGUUUGAAAUGCUUGAAUUGGGGAAGAAAACUCAAUACUCUGAAGAUCUUGCCACUCUCGGCAAAUCAACUGGUAUACGUAUCGUAUUCCCAUCCCUUUUCAGAUGGGCCGCGUACAUCCCUGGCAUUGCUCAGAUCUUUGGCGAAGCACAGAAUGCACUUAUAAGGUUGGAUGGAUAUGCCAUGACAUCCAUCAAACGCCAAGAAACAGCGGAGAAGGAGACACUCUUUUCAAAAAUCAUCCGCGCUAAAGACGAGGACAAGAUGGGUUACUCAGAGCUCAGGGCCAACGCACGAUCCUAUAUUGUGGCUGGCAGUGAUACCACCAGCACUACGCUUACCUAUUUGGUAUGGUCCAUCUGUGGCGACCUGAAGAUGCGUGAUCGUGUCGUGGAAGAAGUCAAGGGCCUUUCCGAUGAGUUCACCGACGCCGAUACCCGCCAGCUCAAGUUUUUGAACUGCGCCAUCAAGGAAACCCUUCGCCUAUAUAGUGCUGUUCCCGCCGGAAUGCCCAGAGAUGUGCCUGCUGGCGGAGCAGUAAUUGGCGGUUAUCACUUGGAUGCAGGAGUUACUGUUGCGGCUCAGCCCUACACUGUUAACCGCAACCCAGAGGUUUUCCCUAACCCGGAUGAAUUCAACCCUGAUCGCUGGCUCCAUGAGACGCGCGAGAUGAAUGACUCCAUUUUUACCUUUGGUGGCGGCUCACGAAUCUGCAUUGGCCUGCAUCUGGCUGAGAUGGAAAUCCGCGUGGCUGCUUCAAAGUUCUUCAGAGAAUUCCCCAACGUUUCAAGGUCGUCAAAGGAGGGCAUGACACCUGGUGAUAUGGACCCUAAACUAAUGUUUCUCAUGUUUCCCGCAGGAGGACGCUGUCUUGUGCAGAAUUAGUAGCAUAUGAGGAGUUUGUAGUAUUUGGAAAGUUAUUUUGAUUCAAAUGAACCU